AUGCCGCCGUCGCGGUCGCUGUUCCUGCUGCUCAUGCUCGAGCUAGCGCCGCUCGCGUCGCUGGCCGCGACGGCGCCGGCGCCGCCGGUGGCGAGGACGACCGGGGUGCAGGCGGAGAUCGACGCGCUCCUCGCGUUCCGCCGCGGCCUGCACGACCCCUACGGCGCCAUGGCCGGGUGGGACGCGGCCUCCCCCUCCGCGCCCUGCUCCUGGCGCGGCGUCGCGUGCGCGCAGGGCGGCGCCGGCGGGCGCGUCGUCGAGCUGCAGCUCCCGCGGCUCCGCCUCUCGGGCCCCAUCUCUCCGGCGCUCGGCUCGCUGCCGUACCUCGAGCGGCUCAGCCUCCGGUCCAACGACCUCUCCGGCGCCAUCCCGGCGUCGCUGGCCCGCGUCACCUCCCUGCACGCCGUCUUCCUCCAGUCCAACUCGCUCUCCGGCCCCAUUCCCCAGUCCUUCCUCGCCAACCUCACCAACCUCGACACCUUCGACGUGUCGGGCAACCUCCUGUCCGGCCCCGUCCCCGUCUCAUUUCCUCCCAGCUUGAAGUACCUCGACCUCUCCUCCAAUGCGUUCUCCGGAACCAUCCCGGCGAACAUUAGCGCCUCCACGGCGAACCUCCAGUUCUUGAACCUGUCCUUCAACCGACUCCGGGGUACCGUGCCGGCGUCGCUGGGCAACUUGCAGAACCUGCAUUACCUCUGGCUGGACGGGAACCUCCUCGAGGGGACCAUCCCGGCGGCGCUGGCCAACUGCUCGACGCUGCUCCACCUGAACCUUCAAGGGAACUCGCUCCGCGGCAUCUUGCCGUCUGCGGUCGCCGCGAUACCCACGCUGCAGAUUCUCUCGGUGUCGCGGAACCAGCUCACCGGCACCAUCCCGGCCGCGGCGUUCGGCGCUCUGGGGAACUCGUCCCUGCGCAUCGUGCAGCUCGGCGGCAACGAGUUCUCUCAGGUCGACGUGCCGGGAGGUCUCGCCGCGGAUCUUCAGGUGGUGGACCUGGGCGGCAACAAGCUAGCUGGUCCAUUCCCGACUUGGCUUGCUGGGGCGGGAGGGCUGACGCUGCUCGACCUCUCGGGCAAUGAGUUCACAGGCGAGUUGCCGCCAGCGGUCGGGCAGCUCACUGCGCUGCUGGAGCUGCGCCUCGGCGGCAAUGCUUUCACUGGCGCCGUGCCUGCGGAGAUUGGCAGAUGCGGCGCACUCCAGGUGCUUGAUCUCGAGGACAACCACUUCACCGGCGAGGUGCCAUCAGCUCUUGGCGGUCUCCCGAGGCUCAUGGAGGUCUAUCUUGGUGGGAACAGUUUCUCCGGCCAGAUUCCGGCGAGCUUGGGGAAUCUGUCGUGGCUCGAGGCAUUUUCCAUACCGAGGAACAGACUCACUGGUCGCCUCUCUGGUGAGCUCUUCCAGCUGGGAAACCUGACGUUCCUGGACGUAUCUGGGAACAACCUCACCGGAGAGAUCCCUCCGGCCAUCGGUAAUUUGUUCGCUCUCCAGAGUUUAAAUUUGAGCUGCAAUGCCUUUUCUGGCCACAUUCCAACGACCAUUGGCAACCUCCAGAACCUGCGAGUUCUUGAUCUCUCUGGUCAGAAGAACCUCUCUGGCAAUGUCCCGGCAGAGCUUUUCGGCCUACCGCAGCUGCAGUAUGUGUCAUUCGCGGACAACUCCUUCUCUGGCGAUGUUCCUGAAGGAUUCAGCAGUCUUUGGAGUCUGCGCAAUCUGAACCUCUCCGGUAAUUCUUUCACUGGGUCAAUACCGGCGACAUAUGGGUACUUGCCAUCACUUCAAGUGCUCUCGGCCUCACACAACCACAUUUCUGGGGAGCUGCCAGCCGAGCUCGCCAAUUGUUCCAACCUUACUGUGCUUGAGCUCAGUGGCAACCAGCUGACCGGCUCCAUACCGAGUGACCUCUCACGCCUAGGUGAAUUGGAGGAGCUUGACCUCAGCUAUAAUCAGCUUUCAGGCAAGAUACCAGCAGAGAUCUCCAAUUGCUCAUCACUCACCCUUCUCAAGCUUGAUGACAAUCAUUUUGGCGGAGACAUACCAGCAUCUCUUGCCAACCUCUCAAAGCUGCAGACGCUUGACCUGUCGUCCAACAAUCUUACCGGCAGCAUCCCUGCUUCAUUGGCUCAGAUUCCUGGCCUUUUGUCAUUCAACGUGUCACACAAUGAGCUUUCUGGUGAGAUACCGGCAAUGCUCGGUUCCCGCUUUGGCUCUGCUUCAGCAUAUGCUUCAAACUCAGACUUGUGCGGUCUGCCAUUGGAGAGUGAGUGCAGCGAGUACUGGCGACGGCGGAGGCGGCGGAGGGUGCAGCGCCUGGCUCUGCUAAUUGGUGUGGUGUGUGCUGCGGUGCUGCUCGUUGCGCUGUUCUGCUGUUGCUGUGUGUUUAGCUUGCUGCGAUGGAGGCGUCGGUUCAUUGAGAGCCGUGAUGGUGUCAAGAAGAGAAGACGCAGCCCAGGACGUGGCAGUGGGUCGAGUGGCACAAGCACGGAGAAUGGUGUCAGCCAGCCGAAGCUGAUUAUGUUCAAUUCAAGGAUCACUUAUGCUGACACGGUUGAGGCAACCCGGCAGUUUGACGAGGAGAAUGUGCUCAGCCGAGGCCGCCAUGGCCUCGUGUUCAAGGCCUGUUACAGUGAUGGCACCGUGCUGGCAAUUCUGCGGCUUCCGUCCACAUCUUCUGAUGGUGCCGUGGUGAUUGAUGAGGGAUCGUUCAGGAAAGAGGCCGAGUCUCUCGGGAAGGUGAAGCACAGGAACCUCACUGUGCUCCGUGGCUACUAUGCCGGGCCUCCGCCGGAUGUCCGGCUGCUGGUCUAUGACUACAUGCCCAAUGGCAACCUCGCCACAUUGCUGCAGGAAGCGUCGCACCAAGACGGCCACAUCCUCAACUGGCCAAUGAGGCACCUCAUCGCGCUCGGCGUCUCGCGCGGCCUUGCAUUCCUGCACCAGUCCGGCGUCGUGCACGGCGACGUCAAGCCGCAGAACAUCCUCUUCGACGCCGACUUCGAGCCGCACCUGUCUGACUUCGGCCUGGAGCCGAUGGUGGUGACCGCGGGUGCCGCUGCAGCCGCCGCCGCCGCAUCAACAUCAGCUGCGACACCCGUGGGCUCGCUCGGCUACGUCGCCCCCGACGCGGCCGCUGCCGGGCAGGCCACGAGGGAAGGCGACGUGUACAGCUUCGGCAUCGUGCUGCUGGAGCUCCUGACGGGGCGGCGCCCCGGCAUGUUCGCCGGGGAGGAGGAGGACAUCGUGAAGUGGGUGAAGCGGCAGCUGCAGCGCGGCGCGGUGGCGGAGCUGCUGGAGCCGGGCCUGCUGGAGCUGGACCCGGAGUCCUCCGAGUGGGAGGAGUUCCUGCUGGGCAUCAAGGUCGGGCUGCUCUGCACCGCGUCGGAUCCGUUGGACCGCCCGGCCAUGGGCGACGUGGUGUUCAUGCUGGAGGGCUGCCGCGUCGGCCCGGACAUCCCGUCCUCCGCCGACCCCACCUCCCAGCCGUCGCCGGCCUGA